AGCAGCAAAUCCAAGAGAGAGAAUGUACCUACCAGAUUUCACGCACCCACCAACACCACCAUAGCCAGCCAGUGAGAAAAAGGUGUACAUACUAUACAAGAAGGAAGAGCAAGGACGAAGUUGCAUUGUUGCUUCCUUCCUCCUUUCCCACCGCACCAUUUCCAUUGCAGCAUUCAUCCUUCUGUUCUCGUGCCUGCUUUCUCUAGAUCUCCCCUUUGCUCUCUCUGUAAGGCUUUGCUUGUUCAUCCAAUGCCAGCAGUGUCUUCUGCUUCUUCAGCCAUACUGCCGCUCUGAACUGAACUGGGCAAGACACCCAUUUCAUUUCACCCAGUUUUGGUUUCUGGGUCGACUCACUAAUUAGUGGCGGUUAUGGAGGAAAGCUUUGUGCCAUUCCGCGGGAUCAAGAACGACCUCCAGGGAAGAUUGGCUUUCUACAAGAAGGAUUGGACGGGUGGUUUCAGCGCUGGGCUAAGUAUUUUGGCACCAACUACCUACAUAUUCUUCGCCUCUGCAAUCCCAGUGAUUUCCUUUGGAGAACAAUUGGAAAGGGAGACAGAUGGGGCUCUCACGGCAGUUCAGACAUUGGCUUCCACUGCAGUGUGUGGAAUCAUUCACUCCAUCAUAGGAGGUCAGCCAUUGUUGAUCCUUGGAGUAGCAGAGCCUACUGUGAUCAUGUACACUUUCAUGUUCAAUUUCGCCAACAGCAGACAUGAAUUGGGAUCAAAGCUCUUCCUAGCUUGGACCAGCUGGGUGUGCGUAUGGACUGCUCUCUUGCUCUUCCUUCUCUCUGUGUUAGGAGCAUGCUCCAUUAUCAACAGGUUUACCCGUCUUGCUGGGGAGUUGUUUGGUCUUCUCAUUGCCAUGCUUUUCAUGCAGCAGGCUAUCAAAGGACUCAUUGAUGAGUUUCGGAUACCGGAAAGAGAGGACCCGAAUGCAGUCGAGUUUCAACUAUCAUGGAGAUUUGCAAAUGGAAUGUUUGCCCUGGUCCUUUCAUUUGGCCUUCUGCUAACUGCCUUGAAAAGCAGAAAAGCAAGGUCUUGGCGAUAUGGUUCAGGCUGGGUGAGGGGCUUCCUAGCAGAUUAUGGUGUACCAUUAAUGGUCUUGGUAUGGACUGGACUUUCCUACAUACCAACUGGAACUGCUCCGGCAGGUAUCCCAAGACGCCUCUUCAGUCCAAACCCGUGGUCAGCUGGUGCCUACAAGAACUGGACUGUGAUAAAGGUAUUACCAACAAAUAGUUAUACUACAUCCGAAAUGCUCGAUGUCCCGGUUUUGUACAUAGUCGGAGCUUUCAUCCCAGCAACAAUGAUAGCGGUGCUAUAUUACUUUGAUCAUAGUGUGGCAUCUCAGCUAGCUCAGCAGAAAGAGUUCAACUUGAGGAAACCACCCUCUUUCCACUAUGACUUGCUUCUUCUUGGUUUCAUGGUCAUCUUGUGUGGUCUCCUCGGAAUCCCUCCAGCGAAUGGAGUCAUCCCUCAAUCUCCAAUGCACACCAGGACUCUGGCUACUUUAAAACAUCAGUUGCUUCGUAGAAAACUCUUGGCCGCAGCACGCAAGCGCAUGAGUGAGAAUGCAAGCUUGGGGCAAGUUUAUGCAAGCAUGAAAGAGGCCUAUCAACAGGCUCAAAGCCCGCCGAACCUUCCGGGAUCUUCUCAGGGUCUGAAGGAACUGAAAGACUCGCCGCUCCAGAUGGCUGCAAGACUGGGAAGCUUCAAUGCCCCAGUUGACACUACAGUAUUCGACAUUGAGAAGGAGAUUGACAACCUCUUACCCGUCGAGGUGAAAGAACAACGGCUAAGCAACUUGCUUCAGGCUGUAAUGGUGGGAUUAUGCAUUGGUGCCAUGCCUUUGAUUAAAAAGAUCCCGACUUCAGUUCUUUGGGGCUACUUUGCAUUCAUGGCCAUCGAAAGCUUGCCAGGGAACCAGUUCUGGGAAAGGAUCUUGCUCCUCUUCACUGCUCCUAGCAGGAGAUACAAAGUGCUGGAAGAUUACCAUGCCACAUUCCUGGAAACUGUUCCUUUCAAGACCAUCGCAAUGUUCACAUUGUUCCAAGCUGGUUACUUGCUGGUGUGCUUUGGUAUCACAUGGAUCCCGAUAGCUGGAGUGCUCUUCCCUCUGAUGAUCAUGCUUCUGGUCCCUGUGAGGCAAUACAUGCUGCCCCAGUUCUUCAAAGGAGCACACCUUCAAGAUCUGGAUGCUGCGGAGUAUGAAGAGAUUCCAGCAAUGCCAUUCAACUCAACCACUGACAUAGAGAUGUUGAGCAGGGGAGCUUCCUUUGCUGACGAUGGAGAGAUGUUAGAUGGGAUAUUUACUAGGAGUAGAGGGGAGAUUAAACGAGCGUGCAGUGGACCUAUAUUGGCGUCGGAAGAGUUGAGGACCGUUGAGAGUCCUCUCGUUGCAGACAGGGGAGGAAAUGUAACUCGUUUCAGAGGGGAUCUGAGCCCUCGCCAAGCAAGUAAAGGACCUUUUACUUCAAAACCUUCUCAUUUGGGGAAAACCGGGUAGAAAUGAAGGUGUAAAGGAUUCACUUCCUACUGACGAAAAACAGAAAAGCUGAGUACAUAGAUUAGUGAUGGUGCUGAAGAAUUUUGUAAAGGAGCAUAAGCAAAAUGUAAAAUGCUCCUCAUUCGUUGUUUAAUCUUUGGGUUAUUUGUUAGACUAUCUCUUCUCUAAUGGACACAAAUUCUGUCAUCCACGAUUAAUAGGAUUUCACUUGGUCAACUAUCAAGUGUCAAGUUUACACCCUUUGCAUUGAAUUGUAGCUCCAGAAAUCGAAUUUGUUAACGUAACUACA